AUGAAGAAAUUCCCACAAGUUCAGUUCGAAGUGAACUGGCGACCCUUCCAGCUUCAACCUGAGGCUCCAAAGGAGGGUCGGAACAAGCUUGAGAUGUACCACGAGAAGUUCGGGGCCGACAGAGUUCGCAUGAUGAUGCCCCGGCUCACCCAGGCUUUCGACAACGUCGGCGUGAAGUUCAGCAUGGGUGGGAUGACGGGAAACACCUUCGACUCUCACCGGCUGAUCUAUUGGGCGGGGACCAAGGGGAAGCAGGACGAGCUGAUGGAAGAGCUCUUCAUGAACUACUUCUCGCAGGAGAAGUACAUUGGAGACCCUCAGGUCCUGGAGCAGGCGGCGGAGAAAGUCGGUCUCGAUCGACAGGAGGCAGCGGGCGUUAUCUCCAACCCGCAGGCCUUCGCCAAGGAGGUUGAGGCCGAGAAGAAGAAGUUCGGCCGCAGCGUCUCUGGUGUUCCCUUCUUCAUCAUCAAUGGAGAGGAGGGACUCUCAGGCGCCCAGCCUCCGGAGGUCUUCGAGCAGGUGUUCCGCGAGGUUCUAGACUAG